AUGACUUCACGUCACCCCGAUCUAGCUCAAUACCCCACUGGCUUCACAAUUCUCCGCAUCUUCCAAGCUGUUCUUAGUAUCAUCACCAUCGUGGUGACAUCCUUCACAAUAAACGCCGUGGUCCUACCAGCGAAUUGUUUAUUAAUAGUUGCUAGUUCCGCAACACUUCUCAUCUCAUUAUGGGGAGCUUUUGCCCACCUGUCAUUUAGUCGCCUUUUCAGCUUCCGAGCAGCUUUUGCACUCGAUGGAGCCCUUACUAUUCUCUGGGGUGUCUCAAUUGCUGUUUUGGGCGCUCAGACAGCUAUCAUUUGGAUCCAUGGGUCCGAUUACUGUGAGACAAACAAGUGUCCUGGUAACCUGAUGGUUGUGAGUCGCUUCUAUGCAUAUGUCUUUGCCAUAUGUUUUGCCCUUGCUGCCAUUGGUUUAAUAUUUUCAUGCGCGACUAUUAUCUUUCAUGGAGUGGUCAGCUGUCGCCAACAUAAAUACAAUCAGAUUGGUACGAAUAAGGAAGCCGAGCCAAUUGAUGUUGGUCCAAAGCAUCCUCAAGAUUCGACUGCUUAUCAGGGAGCGGCGGGAUACUCGUCAUUGCCAUAG